AACUCAUGAUACGUGAACAAACUUCCCACCCUGCCCGACACACACAAACCCCAGACCCCAGCCUAUCUGACAUCCAUCUACAAUGGACUACUUCACAUGGUGGCUAACUAUUUCUGUCUGUUUAUUUUUGUUCAACUGCUCAUACGCUGAUGAUACAUCGGAGAACAAAUACACCAAGAAAGCUGGGACAGGUCGCUGCAAAAACAGACCUCAAAAAUGUAGAUCAACAUUUGGUCAACAAACGCCAAAAUGUGAAAAACGCGCCAUGAUUGCCUGCUUGAAAGACAGAGCAGUGUUUGAAUCUCUGGAUAGUAGACUUGUUCUUUGUGACACUAAAUCUGACGGAGGUGGUUGGAUUCUUAUCCAGCGAAAUAUGAUUGGUGAUGUGACCUUUAAUAAAACCUGGGAAGAAUUUCGCGAUGGGUUCGGUUCUCUUGAUGGUGACUUUUGGCUUGGGAAUGAUAUGAUAAGUAAACUGACAGCUGAGGGUUAUACAGAUUUGAGGAUUGACAUGAAAUGGAAGGGACAAAACAAAUACUUUACAUACAAGAACUUUACGGUGCAAGGCGAAGCAGAUCUCUAUCGAAUGUCCUACACUGCCGGCAGCAUACGAGGCUCUACCGAUGAUGAUCACUUUAGAACCAGCAAUGGAGAACAGUUCACAACUUUCGAUCAUGGGCCCAGCUAUGGUUGUAGACCUUAUGGUUAUACCGGUUGGUGGUGGACUGACAAUGGAGUUAACUGUGGAUUUACAAACUUGAACGGAAAGCGGGGAAGUAAAGGUUUUGUUCUGGGUAUCUAUUGGUACUAUUACACUGGUGCUAAUGACUCCCUCGAUUCUGCUGAGAUGAAACUCCGAAAACCAAAUCCCUAGUCAUUAUCAUGGCUCCCGGUCAAUUAACCACCUGGUCAUAUAUCACCCGCACUUUAACACUCGCUACUAACCCUCUGGACAAGAAACCCAAAUAUUGUUUAUACUAAGGACAAAAUAACAUCUUAGUAACUUUUUUGUCUAUAUCUUAACACUUUCUAAUUUCUAUCUAGAAGAAAACUACAAAAAGGAUGUGAGCAUAGCUAAAGCACAACAACUUCAAUAGAACGUUUCUUAAUGUAAAGCAGUAAAAGUCAAAGGCUGCAACAAUGUGCAAUAUAUUGUUUAACAUAAGAAAAUAUGAAUACGUUCGAUUUUGUUUAUGUAUUCAUUCAGAGCAUGUGGGGAAAUGUGUGAGGUAAUGUGUGGGGUUAUAAGCCGAGGUGGACAUUGAUCGAACAACCACUUUGUUGACUUGAGAUUUUUGCCACCUUUGUGACAUCAAUACAAUAAAGCUGACCAGAU